UGUAUGGAACAGUUUAGCGGUUGACCCUCCCUCUUCGAAGAGCUUGAUAGAGAAAAACUUAAAAAAGCUUUUAACUCGGAAAAGAAUCGCAAGAUCUUCGUCAACUCUUCUCAAAAAAGCCCUAAACUAAGGCAAAGGUGGCGUUUACUGGCUUCAAUAGACACUAGUUAAUGCGGAAUUAUAUUCAUAGGGAUUGAUAGACCAAGACCCACACUCUCAAAAGUGUGUCAGCUAAUGGAUGAUGUUUAUGGAAAAGUAGAAGUUUACCCAAACCACUUCCAAGAUACAGAAGCAUCUGUGGAUUGUUUCCCCACAAGGACCAGGACUGAUUAUUCAUCGAGAUCUCGACGUCACUUGCAGGCUGUGUUAAAAGUAAUGGGUGCUGCAUCUAUCUUGAACUUGUUUAGUUUACCACGUCUUCCAUGGACAUCCAACUCUGAUGAAGAUGACAAGGUCGAACUAACACGUGCAGAAGUCGAAGCCCUUCGUUCAGAAAUUAUAGACGGAGAAGAAAGAGAAUCACAUCUAAAGGCCCAGUUGGAACAUCUAGAUGAGAUUUUAAAGUCUGCACAGCUUUCAGGAUAUCUGUACAUUAGAACUAGGUGGACAGAACUUCCUGGAGAACCUCCUAUCUUAGAUGAUGUAGAUGUUGAUGAUUGGCUUCCUCGUUUUGUUGUUCUCAAUGGAUCAUGUAUCUAUUAUUAUCUCAAAUCCACUGAUUUGAGCCCUCAAGAUUCCACACUGUUAUCUGAUGUUGUGGAAAUUGGGUCGCUACCAAGCUUUACACAUGAAGAUGGUACGCAAAGAUAUGCAUUCUACAUCUUGACAUGCCAUGGACUCCGGUUUGAAUGCUCGAGUCUUUCUAUAGUGCAGUCGCUGACAAAGAUGAGCUCUCAGAUCUGCCGAUCCGCUUCCAGGGCCGUGAGGUCUGUGCUCUCGGCUUCCAAGCCCUCGCCUCUCUUCUUCGAAGGACGGGCUGUUGCUGCGGCAACAACUACUGUAUUCAGAGGAAACAUGUCGACAUUAUCUUCAUUCUAUGAGAGAACUGAGGGCAGGAGUGCCUCGCGAGGAUGGAUUGCUGGUGCUAUGGCUGCUCCUGCUGCAGCUUACAUGCUUCAAGACCAGGACGCACAUGCAGCACAGCUGGAACGAACUUUUAUUGCAAUAAAGCCUGAUGGAGUUCAAAGAGGACUUAUUGCUGACAUAGUCUCACGUUUCGAGCGCAAAGGGUUUAAACUUGUUGCCAUCAAAUUGGUAGUUCCUUCCAAAGACUUUGCUCAGAAACACUACCAUGACCUCAAGGAAAGGCCUUUCUUUAAUGGCCUGUGUGACUUUCUGAGCUCUGGUCCUGUGCUCGCUAUGGUUUGGGAAGGAGAAGGUGUUAUAAAAUAUGGUCGAAAACUUAUUGGUGCCACUGAUCCACAAAAAUCUGAGCCUGGAACUAUUCGAGGAGAUCUAGCUGUCGUUGUUGGGAGAAACAUCAUUCACGGUAGUGAUGGGCCGGAAACAGCCCAGGAUGAAAUUGCCUUGUGGUUCGAGCCUAGCGAGUUGGUUUCUUACACUAGCAAUGCCGAGAAAUGGGUCUACGGCGCUAACUAAGCAAUUCAAUGCUAUUUUCCCCUUCAAUCUCGAUCCGUAAAAUUGUCAAUUUAUGCUGGGUACUGUACUCAUGCUAAUAAGUUGUAUUCUUCGGAUGAAUUUUUGUUGCCUUUUUUUGAGGUGAUUCUCUCUGGAAGAGUAUCGUAGCUUGGCUACACGAUAAGCGGCAUCUCAAUUAAUCAUUUUGAUGGUUUCAGUUUUGUUA